UUUUGCUUGGGAUGAACAAACCCGCAGCUUGCGAACUCUAACUCAUGCAACCUAUCGCUUCUCGAUUCUUGUGUUGUAACGUCUCUUCUCUUGUAGCGUCACAUAAUCAACACGAUCUACAGGAUGCAUGCUUGCUAAACAAUCGCCAGCGUGGCUGGUCGUCUUGCCGAUUCAAUUUUCGCAGUCACUGUAUUCAUUCCUAAUUGUGACACAUCAACCUAUAUUGAAUGCUCUUCGUCUCCGAAUUACUGUAAAGUAAUGAGCAAUGUGUGCGCGGGCACGCUCCGCCGACCGGGCACCGAUUGACGCACACUCCCAUUGGGUGAUGACCCUUACUUCUUCACCUGUUUGAGUUGCGCUCUCUGAUGUCAUCGCCCAUUUGGGUUGGGCUGGAUUGGGCCAUUACCUUGCACGCUCAUGUCCUCAUCCAUCUCCCAACCAUGUCGAGGAGGAAUGAAGUUCUUUGGUUGCAAUCACUGGUGUAAUGUCGUUCAUGCGGCGGGAUUCGUGCACUGGUCAUGCAGGUUUACCUCAUAUCGUCAUGUACUACAACACCCAAAUCAUGGCCUUCCUUUGGAUGGUUUUAAUUCGAGAUACCAACCCUCUGCCGUUGUACCCUCCCUGAAUAACAAUGGCAUUUCUCCCGUUCGACCACAGGUUUCUACUUCCUCCAUGCAGCUGGAUUGGGGCACACGGCAUAGGUCCACUGUGUCAUGUCAUCAUCUUGUCCCGCUCAAGUCCUCCUCUAAUGCAUAUAUGCCUGCUGAUUACUGGCGUUACUGGCGUCCUCUUUCCUUUACUCCGACUUCAGAGCGUGCAACCGGAUCCAGCGUAUGUGAUAGGCUGUCUGUUGCUAACGUUCUGCACUCUCUACUAUUACCACAAGUUGAGCAUUGCUUGCCUGUCUGUACCAUUACGAUUCUCAUGACCUAAAACUAUUCCACCGCAUAAGAGCUUAGCAACCAAAAGUUUCCCCGCCUAGUUACACCACCACCCGGGGACCCGGACCAUCUCCUUUAGGCUGUCCUGAUGAGCUCCUUUAUGUGUCCCUAGUCGAGACCCAAAGAUCAGGAAUCGGCCUGUCCUCCGCGCCAUGUCAUUUGGGGUUGGGACGGGGGAUUUCCUGUGUCCUGUCCGUUUAGUUAUUCGAAAAUUGAUGUUUGUGCGCUUGGAUGCCAACAUCGGGAACACCUCCCCUUCCCUC